AUGUCAUAUAUAAAUCAAUUUGAUAAUGAGAAUAAAAUUCAUUUUCGUUUACUUACUGCAAUUGUUCUUCUGUUUGAUAAAACAAUCGUUCCUUUCAUUGAAAAAUUAUUAAUAAAAAUAGCUCGAAAUAAAGAAGAUAUUGAAGACGAAUUAAAAAUCGUUCAAAAAUAUUUAUCUGAAAAAGAGCAAGCUAUCAGUUAUAUUGUACCUUGGACAGAAGAUGAUGAUAAAAUUUAUCAACAACAUCAACGACAUUAUUUACAAUUUGAAUAUCAUAACGAAUUCAAACAAGUUUAUAAAUUAGAAGCAGAAAAUAAAAAAUUAUUAUUAACAAUUAAUACCAAAAUUAAUGCAUUUGAACAGAAAUUGUUAAAACAACAUUUUGAUAGAUUAAAACAAAAAGAAGAAACAAAAAUUAAAUCAAUUCAUAAAGAUAAAAUACAACGUCUAUCAAAAGGUAAUGUUGAAUUAGAACAAGUUGAUAUUAAAAAGGUUGUACACAACAUUUCGUCUCGAGAAUUAUCUGCUGAAGAAGAAUCAAUUUUAUCAAAAGGUUUACAAUUCUGUAUCGAAACAAAAAUUAAAGACACUACAGAAUUUAAAACAGAUAUUGAAAUGAUGGCGUUUAACAUCUUAAAACAACUGGAAGAACCUGAAACAAAAUCAUUAGAUGAACAUAUUAUUAAUUGUAUAAAAAGAGCAGCUCAUCAAUCAUUAAAAAUGAACAAAAAUAAGAUAAUUAUGAACAUUAAUCCAAAUAAAUUACCAGCAUUAAGAUCAUUAAUGAAAGCUGACAAAGGAUCCUCAUGUAUAAUUAUGGACAAAGAACAAUAUAUAAUUAAAGUGAAAGUAUUAUUAUCUGCAGGAACAGCAUUCCAAAAAAUCAAAGAUAAAGAUAAACAUGUAAAUCAAGAUACAACUGAAAAUAUUGUUAAAAUAAUGGAAAAUAAAUUAAAUUAUCGUAUAAACGAUUUGAAAAAGUGCAAAAGGUUAACUGAACAAGAAUAUAAUUUCAUAAGAACAUCUGGAUCAAGGUGUGCCGUUUUAUUUUGCCAACCGAAAGUUCACAAACAAGGAAUGCCUUUAAGACCGAUCAUUUCCACAACAAACAAUAAUAAUUAUAAAUUAGCAAAAUAUUUAACAAUAUUAUUGCUUGAAGAAGCAAGAACUAAACCAAAAUCCUAUAUUAAGGAUUCAUUUACAUUUGCAAAAUUAAUUCAACAACAAAAACCACAACGAAACGAUAUAAUGUUAAGUUUAGAUAUAGAAGCGUUGUUCACAAAUACACCAGUUCACGAAGCAAUGAAUCUAGCUAUUAAAAUAAUCAUGAAGAAAAAACAAGAAGAUAAUCGAUUUACAAUGUUAAAUGAAGAAGAUUUAAAACACCGAUUUUAUUUAGCUGUGACCAACACACCAUUUAGAUUUUAUAAUGAAUUAUAUUUACAAGUAGAUGGAGUCAGUAUGGAUAGUCCUUUGGCUUCCAUACUGGCUGAUAUCUUCAUGGAACAUAUCGAACAAGAAUUAGAAAAAUUUGAAGACAAUAACAAAAUAAAGUUUUAUCGAAGAUACAUCGACGAUACAUUUAUCAUUUUCAAUGGUAAACAAGGUGAUAUUGAUAAAUUACUAAAUUAUGUAAAUUCACUACAUCCAAAUCUUAAAUUUACAAAUGAAGUAGAAAACGAUUACGAAUUGUCAUUCCUAGAUUCUAGUUGCCAAGCAAAGAAAUAUAAAAUUGGCUUAAUAAAAACGUUAACUUUUCGUGCAUUAAGUAUUUGUUCAUCAGAAACUUUAUUAACAGAAGAAUGUAAUAUAAUUGAAAAAACAUUAGUCAAAAAUGAAUAUCCAGUCAAAUUAGUAAAAAGGAAAAUUAAUAAUACAAUACAACAAUUUAGAUUUAGUCAACCUACUGUAUCAAAAUCAUUAAAGAAGAUGUUCUUCGUACCACUUACAUAUUACGGUAUUGAAACAAUUAUCAUGACAAACAAAAUUAAAAAUAUUUUAGAAAAAACUUAUCCCACAACAAAAGUAAUAUUUGGUUUUAAAAAAGAUUUAACUAUUAACAAAUUAUUUAUGAAAAAUUAUAAAGGUGUUGAUCCCAUGAAUAUUGGUGUUAUUUAUAAACUAUCUUGUUCAAAAUGUUCAAAAGUGUAUAUUGGACAAACACAAUUAAAUGUGAAGGAACGUAUGAAACAACAUCAUGAAGGUUUAAAAGAUCCUGGUAAAUCAAGUGCAGCUGAUCAUAUGUUAAAUAAUGCCUAUCAUGUAAUUAACUUUAAAGACCCAGAAAUAUUAGGCAGAGAUAUCUCCAAAAAAAGACUUGAGAUAAAAGAAACAUUAUGUACAAUCAAAUACAAUAAUGCUUACAAUAAAAUUAGUCAUGAAUUAGCAAGGGGGAUUGCAUAUGCUUCAAGAUCAACAAGAACUCCUGGUGAAAGAGAAAGUCGCACUGUAGAACAACAAACAACAUAA